UUACGUCACGACUAGGAAGUAGGAAGAGAUGAGUAUCAGGAAGUGUUUUACUGAAGGUCCACCAGGAAAGAUAGAAAUUAGGAUAAAGUGAAUUUAUCAGUCGAUCUUUUGGAGAGGAAAAAUUUAUCUCCAAGAUGACCUCAUACAAUGAAUCAAUCCGACAAAUAUUAAUCGACGUGCAAACGUUCAUGAAUGAAACUCUGAAAAAUGAAAAACUCAGCGAUAAAGCCAAGAAACAGAAGAAUAAAAUCGCAGACACGAUACAUAAUUUACAAGAAGAGUACAGUGCUUUAAAACCUGAUAUUAAAGAAGAUAGUAAACUAAAAGUACCUGCUGAAUUAGAUGAAUCUGUGUUUACAACAAGUAGUGUUAAUAGCGAAGAAGAAGUAGCCUACAGUGAAAAUAUUAAAGAAGUUUCUGCAGUGGCCUUAGAUAAACCACUUAUAACUGGUUAUUUAGAAAAGAAACGAAAGGGAUUAAUUGGCAAGUUUAGCUACCAAAGAAGAUAUUGUGUUAUUCAUACAGCGGUACUCUAUUAUUUUGAAAAACCAACGGACAAAAAACAGAAAGGAGCAUUUCAUUUAAAUGGUUAUGAAUUUCGACCUGCUCCACAUUUAGUUCGAGAUGCUUCCAAAAAGGAUCUAUCUUUUGAAUUAGUGGCCCCAGGAAAAAGGACAUAUGAGUUUUUGGCCGAGAAUAAAGGAGAGUUUGAUUCAUGGAAAGAAUCUGUUGAACUUUGUCAUAGUGAACCUGUGUCGGAAGAAUUAUAUGAAUUUAUUGAUGAUGUCCAUCAAAAAAUGUCUUCUCUACCCAAAAAGGAACAUUUCGAAGGAGAUGGGGAGGAAUAUGAAGCCCCGGUCAUGGAAUCUGAUGAAGUCUACGAGGCUAUAGAUGAUGAUACUAAUAAGAAGCCUCCUAAAGGACCAGAAGCACGCAAAGUAUCUACUAUUUCGUUACCAAAGUCCCCCCCACCCCCUAUUCCAAGCACACCUAUUCCUGAUGUACCACCUGUGCCCCCUCCGUCUCGUAGAGAUUUACCAGCAGUGCCAAACACCCCAUUGCCAGCAGUGCCAAACACCCCACUGCCAGCAGUGCCAAAAACUCCUCUCCCACCACUUCCAGGUGCUAAACGGAUGGCAAAACUUGAUAUUCCGGAUAUGGAUCCCAAUGAAGAUUAUGAAAACAUGUAUUAUGGAAAAUGGAAUUGUUCUGCAGAUUCGGAUAAUGAAUUGGUUUUCGAGAAAGGGGACAUCAUACAUGUGUUAAGUAAAGACUUUGAAAAAGAGAAUUGGUGGGUAGGAGAGCUUAAAGGAAGUAUAGGAUUGGUUCCCAAAGAAUAUCUUGCUAAAGCCUAUGAAUUGGCGCCAUAAAGUAUAGAACUUGCAGCCGUUAAUUCACUGAUGUUGAUAUCUUUUAUUAAAUAUUUUUAAAUUAUUUCUUAAAAACCAACCUGUUUUGUGGACCUGUUUAAGAAUGGGCAGAACUUUGUGUCACGAAUGAUAAUUAUGCAUGAAAGAUAUUAUGACUUUAUUUUAGCUUUGCUUGGAGUGUAUAUGUUUAUGUAUAUAUAAAGAGAUCUAUCUAAUAGUCUUUUGUAUUUAUAUUCUCUUUAUAUUGUACAUUGUAUAUUGUUUCCAUAAAUUUUAUAUUCUUAUAAUAUAUUUAUUAAUGCUGCUUGCCAUACUAUGCAAAAACUAUAAGAUAAUAGUAGUAUCUGUGUAAUUUCAAAUUAUGUUUAUUUUUCUCUGAAUAAUCCCUGUAGUAAUGAAAUAUUUUUAUUUUUUUUAAAAAGCAAAAAAAAUGCAAUGAAAUGGUGCUAAAAUUUAAACCAAAUAUUGAAUUUUUAUUGAAUAUGCCAUACUACAUUUCAUCAAAAUGUAAUUGUUGUGUCAUUAUUUAUAAAGGAUUAAAUUAUAUGUUUAUAUUUUUGUUCAUACUUAGGCCAUAUAAAAAAAAUAUUCUGAUUCUCGGCAAUCCUUUGUGUGUUCUGUUGGUGCCAUUAUGUGUACCAAAAGCCAUUGUUAAUAUAUUAUAACUUGGAUUAAUAUUAUAGAAAUGUGUUCAGUGAAUAAAGGAGAUCAAUAUUUUCAUUAUUUUAAAUACACAUUUAUUUGUAAAAUAAUUCAUUGUGAUUAUUCAAAACCUAUGUACACACAUUAAUAUGGCGAAUAGUUACCAUGAGCUAGUUUAGAACUUGACUCAAAGAUUCAUUAUGUAAGAGCUAAAUCUGCCUAUUGCAGAUCUUUUGUUUGGCCUCAUAUGUUAUAGAAACCAUUAAUUAGACAUUUAUUCACAAUCCAAGCCCAUAAUAAACUUUCUAGACCAUCAAAUUGUUGUGAUUUUGAACAGAUUAAAACAGAUAUUACUAAUUCGAUUAAUUAAAAUUUAAUUAAAAAAUGGAUAAUCUAGCUAGACUUAUUGUAACAACGGUAGUAAUGGCAAUCAAGGCUACACUUUUCUUCAAAUGGCCAUAACUUCGCUCAGAAUGAAGUUGGAAUUCGAUAUAAGAGUAGGCCGUAGUGCCGCUGUCCGAGCAAAAUUUCCCUCAUAGCACACUGUAUGGCGUAUGCCCGUCUUCAUUAGCCCAGUUCGGAGCAGUACAGUAGGACGUUAAACCCCAUUUCAUUUCAUUUCUUUAUCAAUGAUGAUAACAGAAUCCAAGUCUACACACUCCUCAGUAAUAAACAGUAAUUGUAUUCCAUAGAAUUGAUUCCUGUGUAGAUCGGAUAUCAAAAUAUGUAUUAUUAUUGAAGGACAGUUGAUAUUUUGUAUUAUUACUGAAGGGUAGUUGAUAUUUUAUUAUAUCUAUUAAAGUCACUCUUUAAUACUAUAAAAAGCCUAAAUUUGCUGUUAGAGCUGCUUAAUUAUAUCCUGGUAUUUCUAAAUAAUUAAAUCAGUCAAUUAUAUACCGGUAUUUCUAAAUACUUAAAUCAGUCAACAUUGUACACUUGUACAGAUUUCUAGAUUUCAAGUAUCUUAAAAUACGGUAUUGAUAUAGGUAACUAAAUAAGAUAAUAACACUUGAGUUCCAUAAGUAGAAUGUCUUUAACAGUAGUUUAUAAAAAUAAAACUACUAUAAUGUUGAUUGUAAUUGUUAACUUUUUGUUUGGUUUGCUUGACUAUAGAAGACCACAUUGUUAGUUUGCUAAAGGGACGUAAAGCAUCAUUAUCUGUUAUUAUGCAUGGCUAUGGGUUUAUUUCUCUUAACCACAUAUUUAAUGCAUUUGUUCAAAAAUAUCUUAUAUUUUAUGAUAUUGUAAAUAAAUAUUCUGUUAACGUUUAUUAAUUUUAUGCUGAUGAACAAAGAGGAUAUAAUUUAAUUAUAUUAUCAUUUCACUUCCUAUCAGGCCCGUAGCCAGCUUGCUAGCUUCGGAGGGGCAGUGAAGUUUUUAGGGGGGGGGGGGGCACACUCGGCACAGUCUACAGUAGGUAUUUUAGAGCUAUGGUCGGCAAAUUUUUUUUAGGGGGGGGGGGGCAUUGCCCCCCCUUGCCCCUCUCUGGCUACGGGCCUGCUUCCUAUCAUAUACUAUGAGUGACAUAUUGUUGCCCAGGCGUGUUUGCAAAACUAUUCGUAAAUUUAAUGGCUGUGCUGCUCCUACAGUCGU